CUUAAAAGCUCACCUGGCUGGGGAAAUCUACACAUAUGAGGAUGUGUUUCACUGUCACAAAAAGCUUACAUGUUUUACUAUGCAACUGCUCGAUGAGAAGAGAGUAAAGUCAAAUGAGUGAAAGAAAGCUGAAUACUAUUUUUUUAAUGCAAAGAUGCUCUGACGUCACCGUGCUGAAGCAUUUUUCUGUCGCUCAGGCGCUUUGGAGCUGACAGUCCGCAGAAGUUGCCAAGAGAGCGCGUCUCCCCUCCCCCCCAAUCCUGCUUCUCGCUCGUGCGUGAUGGUGAUGAUGACCAUGACCGCGUCCAGGAGUUUUAAAGGAGGAUGUCUUUUCCAAACUCAGUGCGCAGCGGAGGAUGGCUUUUCCAUCAACGACCUGAGGAGAUGGGACGCGGAUGGACUGUGUUAAUACGAUGAAGUGAUGGAAGUGUUGAACUGACCAAACAUACAAGUUUUGUGAUUUUCUUUUUCUGCCUUGGCGACAGAAAACAAUCCAGCCACUUAAGCGACUAAACAAUCAGAAAUGACGGAAAUCAAUUAGAAAACCAUGCACUGUUCAUAUCCAUGGAGAGAUGGCAUGCGCGCUCCUCUUCAGUCGACUUCUUCCCUUCUCACACAGGCUCUCAAGAACAUCCAUUUGUUUGCUAUCUCUUUUCCUUUCAUAUUUGUGUUACUGUGUAUUAUUCCCUGCCGAUAACAUCAUGCAAAAGUCAGGUGAUCCGAUGCCCAGCUGCCAGCGCGUCUUGGCUGAUGGAGGCAAAAGGCGCCUUCAGAAAUCCGCGUCGUGCGUUUUGCCGUUGGAUGCAAGACCGAGCAGCGUUGAGGCAUCUCGGCCUAAAGCCGACCAAAGACCUCCUUCGGCUCUCCUGGUCGUCAGGAAUGACACCCCCAGCCCACCGAUGGGUAAUUUAAAGUUUGGGAAUAAAAAGUUACCGAAUGCCAUCAUAGUUGGUGUGAAAAAGGGAGGGACGAGAGCUGUUUUGGAGUUCAUAAGAAUUCAUCCUGAUGUGCGAGCGGCUGGCACAGAGACACACUUCUUCGACAGGAAUUAUGAUAGAGGCCUGGAGUGGUACAGAGGUUUAAUGCCAAGGACUCUUGAAAGCCAAAUCACGAUGGAGAAGACACCAAGCUACUUUGUGACUAAAGAGACACCACACAGGAUCUCUGCCAUGUCCCGAGAUACCAAGCUCAUUGUGGUGGUGCGGGACCCUGUCACCCGUGCAAUAUCAGAUUACACUCAGACUUUAUCCAAAACGCCUGACCUGCCGAGCUUCCAGGAGCUGGCCUUCAGAAACCAGAGCCUGGGCAUCGUGGACACGUCCUGGAACGCCAUUCGGAUCGGCCUGUACGCCCUGCACCUUGAAAACUGGCUCCGUUACUUCCCCCUGGCUCAUAUCCACUUUGUUAGUGGAGAGCGUCUUAUCACAGACCCGGCGGGGGAGUUGGCUCGGGUGCAGGACUUCCUAGGGUUAAAACGUAUUGUCACAGACAAACACUUCUAUUUCAACCGCACCAAGGGCUUCCCUUGCCUUAAGAAGCCUGAGAGCAGUGGCUCGCCCCGUUGCCUGGGCAAGUCAAAGGGCAGAACUCAUGUGCAGAUAGACAGAGAUGCUAUUGAACAGCUGCGAGACUUCUACAGACCUUAUAAUGUCAAAUUUUAUGAAAUGGUGGGUCAUGAUUUUAAGUGGGAGUAGAGGUUUGAGACAUAUUUUUAAAAGGCACAAGAGAGAUUUAUGUAUUCUACAAAAUGUUCUUUCAAAAAACAGUUGGACUAGAGUCAUUUGUCUUGGUUAGGCUGGAUGGCUAACUAUCAGCAGUCUCCAGACUAUUUUCAAGUGAAACAGCAAAAACAGUAUUAUUCUUCGCCGUGGCACUAAUGAACAGAGCAAAAUCUGAGAUGACAUUGCUUUUGCACUUGUAAUGAUAUUUACCAGCCAGUGUCAGCAUCCUGUUUGUUGCUAGAUAUAACCAUCAUUUCGGCUUCAGGAUUACAUGAUUUCUGUUCCUGUUACUGUAUAUUCUUGCUGACUAUAUUCCCAAUUUGCUGACUGGUUCAUUUAAAAAAAGGGGGGAAAUUCCAAGAAAUUAGGGAAUUGGUUCCUCUUAAAACCUGCUUCACUAAUCAAUGCAGGGUUUGAAAGUAAGACCUUGGAAAAUGUCAGUGAAGUCUUCAGGGAGAGCAGAAUUAAGCUGCAGCACUGUGGUGGUAAAUCAGAAAUGUAAAGCCAUAACAUAAGUAUGAACCAUUUAAUAUUACUCUCUGUAGGUCUCAUCAGUUUCCAUACAGGGUGAAAGAUUUUCUUUUACAUUCUCUCCAGCAUGAACCAGAUACGUUAGCACAGUAUAUGCUGAAACAUGCAGCACUUCACUAUGUAGGCUACUUUGUGCAAUAUAUUUGCAAAAUCCAUGUUUAUAUUUUUCUUACAAAAGUAUUUAAUCACUGCCUUACCCACAAUGCUUGUCCAUUAAAUUCAUUAAAUGAAACGGAAGCACAAAUACAUCUAAUGAAAUUAUUCAUUCUUAUCUCAUCUGACCUUGAUAAUGUGCGUAAAAAUGCAUGCUGAAUCAUUUGUUUCAUCCCCUCUUGCCUUUGCUUCGAUCUUUACAAUGAAAACUGGCGUCACAAUUGAAAUUUGAACCUUAAAAAACAG